AUGUGCGUGGUUCUCUUCAAGGUGGUUCAGCUCCUGAGAGCCGGGAAGGCCAAGGAGGUGUCGUACAACGCGCUGGCCUCACACAUCAUCUCCGAAGACGGGGACAACCCGGAGGUGGGGGAGGCCCGGGAAGUCUUUGACCUGCCUGUGGUCAAGCCCUCCUGGGUGACGCUGUCCGUCCAGUGCGGAGCUCUCCUGCCAGUGAGCGGGUUCUCCCCGGAGUCGUGCCAAGUCUUCUUUGGGGUCACCGCCUGCCUCUCCCAGGUGUCCGCCGGAGACAGGAGCGCCCUGUGGGCUCUGCUGACCUUCUACGGGGGCCGCUGCCAGCUGACCCUGAACAAGGAGUGCACUCACCUGGUGGUCCCGGAGCCGAAGGGGGAGAAGUACGCCUGUGCGCUGCAGCGGGCGGGCAUCAGGGUCGUGACCCCGGACUGGGUGCUGGACUGCGUGUCCGAGAAGGCCCGGAAGGACGAGGCGUCUUACCACCCUCGUCUGGUCGUGUACGAGGAGGAGGAGGAGGAGGAGGAGGAGGCGGAGAACGAGAACGAGGAGCCCGACUCCCCGGAUGAGGGCAGCGCGGACGGGAAGUGGAGCCCCGGCUCUUCGCGGGAAGGGUCUCCGCCCCGGGGCCGCCCCUGCUCGCCCCAGGCCGGCACCGAGAAGCCCAAGGAGGAGUUGAUGUUUGAUGACUCCUCCGACUCGUCGCCCGAGAAGCAAGAGCGGAACCUCAACUGGACGCCCGCCGAGGUCCCGCCGCUGGCCACGGCCAGGCGCAGGCUGCCCCCGGGGCAGGAGCCGGGGCUCAUCAACCUCUGCGCCCACGGCGGCUUCCUGCUGGGCUGCGUGUUCGCGGUGGCCGACUACCCGGAGCAGAUGUCCGACAAACAGCUGCUGGCCGCCUGGAAGCGGAUCAUCCAGGCGCACGGCGGGGCCGUGGACCCCGCCUUCUCCGGCCGGUGCACGCACCUGCUGUGUGAGAGCCAGGUCAGCGGCGUGUACGCGCAGGCCCUCCGGGAGCGGAAGCGCUGCGUGACGGCGCACUGGCUGAACACUGUGCUCAAGCGCAAGAGGAUGGUGCCGCCGCACCGCGCCCUGCACUUCCCGGUGGCCUUCCCGCCCGGGGGGAAGCCCUGCGCGCAGCACAGUGACCGCCUCCCUGCAGACGCCUGGCGAGUCCCCGUGAAGGUGUCUGCGGAGCUGCUGAUGGGCGCGAGGCUGCCUGCCAAGCCGAAGCAGAGCGAGGUGCCCAGCGCCCAGCCUUCCUCCAAGAGAGCCAAGUGCUUCUACAUCACGCCCGGGAUCUGCCCCAGCCUGUCGACCAUGAGGGCCAUCGUGGAGUGCGCGGGCGGCAAGGUGCUGGCCAAGCAGCCGUCCUUCCGGAAGCUCAUGGAGCACAAGCACAAGGGCCUGUCGGAGAUCAUCCUCAUCUCCUGCGAGAACGACCUGCACCUGUGCCGCGAGUACUUCGCCCGAGGAGUGGCUCCCUCGGCCACGGGCGUUCGAAAGCGGGAAAACAGAUGUAAUGACUAUGCUGCAUCUGAUUAG